GCUACUGCUUUCGCUAUUGAGAGCGACAUUACUAUGGAAUAAAUCCAUGAAAUCAAGAUGACUCUUCACAAGAAGUCUCCUUAUCAACCAAGAAUUCAAUGGUUUUAAGCCACACCACAAUUCCAGCGUAACAAAGUUUACCCAUUUGUGCCUUAAAAUUUGACAGAAACUCGCAAAUAAUCCGUCUGUCACUUUUCAGUGGAUUUGCUAACCGCCGUUUUGUGCUUGUCCUGCCCAAGACAUUCCUCACAUUUAUUGACCGACACUACAAUUACACCUUCUCCUAACACUUGGCUUAUAAUCACGGGAGUUCCCUGGAAAAACUCGCAGCUUGCUCUUUUAGAGGUAAGGAAUCGAGUUUGCUGGUUUCCCCGUUCUUUCAAUAAGAAGGUAGACUAUUGUACAUCAUGGCACCUAAGGCGUUAGACUAUGAAUCGUUGAAUGAAAAUGUGAAGAAGGUUCAAUAUGCUGUUAGAGGUGAGCUGUAUCUUCGAGCUUCUGAGCUUCAGAAGGAAGGGAAGAAGAUUAUUUUCACAAAUGUCGGCAAUCCUCAUGCCCUAGGACAGAAGCCCCUGACUUUUCCUCGCCAGGUGGUUGCGCUCUGCCAAGCUCCAUUUCUACUGGAUGAUCCCAAUGUAGGACUGUUUUUCCCUGCGGAUGCAAUUGCUAGAGCUAAACAUUACCUUUCAAUGACAUCUGGUGGCCUAGGUGCUUAUAGUGGCGCACGAGGUAUCCCUGGAAUUAGGAAGGAGGUGGCAGAUUUCAUCAGAAGGCGUGAUGGAUAUCCAAGUUGUGAGCUCAAGGGAUAUCGUUAUUCCUGCUCAAUUGACAGUGAUUCAGAACUCAUAUUUCUAACUGAUGGAGCCAGUAAGGGUGUGAUGCAGAUCUUGAAUACGAUAAUUCGUGGGGAAGGUGAUGGGAUCUUGGUUCCAGUUCCACAGUACCCACUUUACUCUGCUACAAUAUCUCUGUUUGGCGGUUCCCUGGUACCAUAUUACCUAGAAGAGACAGCAAAUUGGAGUCUUGAUGUUAAUGACCUUCGGCAUUCGGUUUUUCAAGCUCGCUCUAGAGGACUAACUGUAAGAGCAAUGGUGAUUAUAAACCCUGGCAACCCCACUGGUCAGUGUCUUAGUGAAGCUAAUUUAAGGGAAAUAUUGCACUUCUGUUACCAAGAAAACCUGGUCCUUCUUGGAGAUGAAGUUUAUCAGCAGAACAUAUAUCAGGAUGAGCGGCCCUUUAUCAGUGCUAGAAAGGUUUUGAUGGAUAUGGGGCCACCAAUAAGCAAGGAAAUCCAACUCGUUUCUUUCCACACAGUCUCCAAAGGAUAUUGGGGUGAAUGCGGACAGCGGGGUGGAUACUUUGAGAUGACCAACAUUCCUCCACAGACGGUGGAUGAGAUUUAUAAGGUUGCAUCCAUAUCACUCAGUCCUGUGCCUGCCCAGAUAUUUAUGGGGUUGAUGGUCAACCCGCCUAAACCUGGAGAUAUUUCAUAUGAGCAUUAUAUUAGGGAGAGCAAAGGAAUCCUUGAAUCACUGAGGAGAAGGGCAAGGAUUAUGACAGAUGGAUUCAACAGCUGCAGAAUUGUAGUGUGCAAUUUCACAGAAGGUGCCAUGUAUUCAUUCCCUCAAAUUCGGUUGCCACCUAAAGCAAUAGAUUCUUCAAAAAAGGCUGGAAAAGUUCCUGAUGUUUUCUACUGCCUCAAGCUUUUGGAAGCCACAGGAAUCUCCACAGUUCCGGGUUCAGGAUUUGGACAAAAAGAAGGGGUUUUUCACUUAAGAACUACCAUUUUACCGGCGGAGGAAGAUAUGCCGGUGAUCAUGGCCAGUUUCAAGAAGUUCAAUGAUGAGUUCAUGGAGGAAUAUGAUGAACAUAGGGGUUAUUCAAGAAUCUAAGAAAUGUUUCAAAUUCCAGCAAAUUGUAUCAUAUUUUUCAGCUACUUCACAUCAUUUGAUAAAUCUCCUUGAAUUACCUCUAUCUGGCCAUAAACAUAAGUUCAGUUACAGAUUUCAUUCUGCUGCUAACAUCAUCCCUCAGAUUGUGGAGCAUAUAUUGUGUUGUAACAAUAAUUGAAGUUGAAGGAAAUUUUUGGGGAUGAUUAAUAAUUA